UGAGUGAGAGGUCGUGGUAGUGGUAGUGGCAGAGACUCACACACACAGAGACUCACCAUCACUCGCCCCCCCCCACACUCCCCCACACCUGCCUACAGGUGGCCCACCUGUGCCAUCCCCACACCUGCCAUACGUCUACCGCACCGUCACCAUACUGCCAUAGUUUAGUCGUCACUAUAUCAUCACACUUCCCCGGUUCUUAUCAUCAAGUUCAACAAGUAUACUCUGGAAAGAACGUUAUCUAUGAAACACAAUAUAAGGAGCGAGUGUGACGGGUGACCGUGAAGAGACACCACCUAACAGUUGCUGACUGUUUAAGACUCGCGGUAAACGUUUGCGCGCGAGUUGGAGUUACGGGCGUCGCUGGGGAGCCCCUGUGAGAGUGGUGAGGGAAGCGGCGGCAACCUUAUGUAUGCCAGGUUACUCGGACACCUAGUAGAUAGAAGCGAGGAGGAGGAGAGAGGGGCUGGGAACUAAUCAAGCUGGGACGGCAGUAAUCAAAGUGGUGGAGAUGCUGUGUCGAGCUGUAGUGGAGCCAAUAAUGGGACACGAUGCUUGCUAAACCUGCAAGAUCCACCUGCCUCCCACGACAACACUGACGUUCACUGGGGAUGUGCCAAGUACGGGAGCGGUCGACCUCUACACCAAGACCUUAAACAUUAGAACAAAAACAGUCUUGUCUCGAUUGAAGUACUUAAUUCCCUCGAGUAACUCAGAGGGACCCUCUGAUGGGCUGUAACACGCUCAGCUCAGGCGCUCAGGUGCAUGCUGGUGGCGUAUAACAGUAGAAUGUUGCCUGAGUGCCAAAAGGGAAGCCUCGUGGCCCUGUCGGUGGCAGUAUGUAUGGUGGCACCCGGACGAGCGUGACUACGUCUACCACUCUCGCCGACUCAACAGUUGCCCUUCCCAGCGUCAAGUGAAUACAGUGCCAUACGUAAAUCUGAUGUGAAUUUCAAAGACCAAUAGUUGAAGUUCUACCACAUUUACAAUGACUGCUUUCGUGAAUUUACUCAAUUAUAAACAACUCAGUAAAAGUUGGAUUUAUAUUAAAAAAUGGGAAUCAAAAGAAACCCAUUUUCAAAAUAUAUAUUUUUGUAUACAGUGAAUUUUGUGAAAUAAACACGCUUUACCGGUCGUGUUAAGUACUUACAAUGAACUAAAAAUUGUCAUUAACAAACUGUGUUCUACAUAUCAGUAUUCUACAGAGACUGAGUAGCUGGAUUAGAUUAUCUUCUGUAGACCAUUACACUUGCCUGAUGUUAUAGACUUGAGUGUGUGUUCACCGUCUUCGUGUCAUGGAGUAUGUCAAGUGUUCAAUAGUAUGUCUUAGUAUGGUGUAACGUCAGCUGAGAACCUUCCUCUUUACACACUUCGCUGAGGGCCACACGAACCUAUACUAUAUGUUGUGGAUUAAUGUUGCUCACAACUAAUAUUGAGCGGUAAGAUGUGCUGGUGUGUGUUGAGCGUUUACCUCUAUCAAAUAUGUAUAUAUAUCGUAUUUAAUGACGUAAAAUAAAUGACGAACGGACACUCCGGAUAAUAAACAAAGGCAUAUAAUGAACUAUUGGUGCAAAAAACUAUUACAAAGACACAAACAUCAGAAAAUACAAUCAUGAAUGUGUGUGUGUUAUUAAACUAUAAUAAUGUGAACGACGUCUUAUCCUUGAUGUUUUAACUUACGAGCUUCCAAAGACGCUUUCCUGCAGCCCACAGGUAGCAAUGUUGUCAAUGGGAAAAAAUAGUAAUAGUUUGAAUAACCUUAUUGCUUGAUCAGUGUUACAUAAUUGUGAUAAAAAUAAGCAAUCAAAAUAGUGUUACCACAUCCGUGUGAAAGUGAACGAACCUUGCAACUCAAGUCGUUUAGUGUUUCGAGACAAACACAAAGCCUUCCCUCUUCAGGCUAGCGGCUUCUGCGUGUAUUAUAGUGUGGACAAGUCUCCAGCCUCCCCACCCUCCUUCAUCAACCUAACCGUUCCCACAAUAAACGCUUUCUGAACUACAUUUCUCUAGCUAAUACGGCCACAUAAGAUUCUUUGGUGCUUGAAAAAUACACAACAGUGAGCAAAAAAGGUACUUAAGAAAAAAAUAUCCUUAGUUUUGUCCGAGUCGGCAAGACCUCCCUCCGUCCCCCCCUCCCCACCACAACCAGUCUCUUGAAUAAGUGUUAAGAAAACACUUGUUUCAUGUUCCUCGGAGCAGGUGUAAUGGGCGAGGCGGUCGAGCUGAGCACCAACGAGACGUGGGUGGCUGAAGGCGUGGCCAACGUCAGUGUGGGCGCCGCGGCAGGUACAGAGAGUGGAUCAGAAUGGGCGGACCUGACGGUGGGCUUAGUGAAGGGGGUGUGCAUGGCGGUGAUCAUAGUGUGCGCGGUCCUGGGGAACCUCCUCGUGGUGGUCAGUGUGGUGCGUCACCGCCGCCUGCGGAUCCUCACCAACUAUUUCGUCGUCUCUCUCGCCAUUGCUGAUAUAUUAGUGGCAAUAAUGGCGAUGCCCUUCAACGCCAGUGUGGAAAUUACUGGACGUUGGUUGUUCAGUUACCGUAUGUGUGACCUGUGGAAUUCUUUUGACGUGUACGCAUCCACCGUGUCCAUUCUCCACUUGUGUUGCAUUAGUAUUGAUCGCUACUAUGCCAUCGUGCGACCUUUGGAGUACCCUAUGGUGAUGACAGAGAAGCGGGUCAUGGUGAUGCUCUGUCAUGUCUGGGUGGCGCCAAUAGUCAUUUCAUUUCUUCCAAUCUUCAUGGGAUGGUACACAACCAAUGAACACCUGGAAAAUCGAGCUAACAACCCCAGCCUCUGUAUUUUCGAGGUAAACACGUCGUACGCGGUGGUGUCGUCGUCGAUAUCGUUCUGGAUGCCGUGCAGUGUGAUGAUAUACAUGUAUUAUCGCAUAUACCUGGAAGCAGCCCGCCAGGAGCGCAUGUUGCACCGACACACACGACUGUCCAGCGCCUCUCAAGCACCACACGCCGCCCUCGUCGUGUCCAACAACUCCUCCCACACCACCGUCACCACCGCCUUCGUAGGCAGCAACGGCGUGGGUUCUGACGCUGGCCUGGGCAGCGGAGGGUCAGGUCGCCGCCUCAUGAACCACCGACCCUCUAGUGACACCCAGGAAGCCACGCCCACCAAGGAACGCAAUCUCAUAAAGUUGAAGCGUGAACACAAGGCAGCCCGCACACUGGGCAUCAUAAUGGGAGCGUUCAUUGUCUGCUGGCUACCAUUCUUCACUUGGUACGUCACCAUCACUCUUUGUGGCAAGGCCUGUCCCUGUCCUGACAUUAUUGUUUCAAUCCUCUUCUGGAUCGGAUAUUUCAAUUCUAUGCUCAAUCCCGCCAUCUACGCCUACUUCAACCGUGACUUCCGGGAGGCGUUUCGACGGACUCUUCAGUGCGUGUUCCGGUGCGGGCGACCUGUGGACCCGUGGCGGGGCCAGCUGGGGCCGCCCUACGACUCUGAUCUCUGUCUACAGCACAAUGGUCAUUCUACAGUCGUCAAAACAAAGCCUCGACGUUACAGCACUGAGUGUGGUGUUUAAGCCCCCCCCCCCCCUUCCCGGUAUCUAAUUUAAUGGCCCCCUUUUGUUUAGGAUCUCCUUUGUACAAGGUUCCCCUUCUGUAACCUCUGUACACAUGCAUCAUAAGAGUCUAUUUUCGGUAGGUGUCAAUACUGUACAUGUUCAAGCUUGUCCCUUAAGUGGUACGAGUCAACCAAUUGUAUUAGAUCUCAUAAAUAGACGUAACACAUUAA